CAAGCCACCAAGUUCCGCUUCUGUGUGGAUCCUGGAAGAGAUUUUGGGAUAUAAAAUCAAGGAACUCUUAUGCAGCACUUUUGAGUUAAUCUCGUGAAUGUCAUCAACUUCAUGACACAUUAAUUAGCCCCAUGUUCUAAUCACGCGCAAACAAGAGAGAGUACUUGUGUCUCACUGCAACCUCAAAAUAAUUCCUCACCCAGUCUCUCUGUCACUUCUACCGGUAGCGCGAGCCACACAACGCAGCCAUGGCCGGCGACGAUCAGCGCGCGCUACAGUAUGAACAAACUUUGAUGUAUGGUCGCUACACACAGGAGUUGGGGGCUCUCCCUUAUGCUGUGUGUUCUUCCAAAGAAGAGUCUGCAGCUCGCCUGAGGUGGAGGGGGUGUGUUGAUGUAGGUCGCUCGGUCAGAGAACGCUCUCCCUUAACGUCUGUGUGUUCUCUGGAACUUUUGGAGUACGACAGGAGCCGCUGUGCCAAGUUUCGCAUCUGUACGGUGCGCUGUCAGAAGUUCCUCAUCUCUCGUGUUGGUGAAGACUGGAUCUUCCUCAUCCUCCUGGGUCUAUUCAUGGCUCUGGUCAGCUGGGUGGUCGACUUCGCUAUUGCCAUCUGUCUACAAGCACAGAAGUGGAUGUACGGAGGCCUGGAGAGUAAUGUGUUUCUCCAGUACCUAGCCUGGGUCACCUACCCUGUGGUGCUCAUCACCUUCUCAGCUGGCUUCACACAGCUACUGGCCCCACAGGCCGUAGGUUCAGGUAUCCCAGAGAUGAAGACCAUUCUGAGGGGUGUAGUGCUGAAAGAAUACCUCACCUUUAAAACCUUUGUUGCCAAAGUCAUCGGUCUCACCUGUGCCCUGGGCAGUGGCAUGCCUCUGGGCAAGGAGGGUCCGUUUGUUCACAUUGCCAGUCUGUGUGCUGCACUCCUCAGCAAAUUCAUGUCUCUGUUUGGUGGAAUCUACGAGAAUGAGUCGAGAAACAUUGAGAUGUUGGCAGCUGCCUGUGCUGUGGGGGUGGGCUGCUGUUUCGCUGCCCCUAUAGGAGGUGUGCUGUUCAGUAUUGAGGUAACGUCUACGUUCUUUGCGGUGAGGAAUUACUGGAGAGGGUUCUUCGCUGCCACCUUCAGUGCCUUCAUCUUCAGAGUCCUGGCCGUGUGGAAUAGAGACGAGGAGACCAUCACAGCUCUGUUUAAAACCCGUUUCCGUCUGGACUUCCCCUUUGACCUCCAGGAGCUCCCAGCCUUCGCUGUCAUUGGUAUUGCCAGUGGUUUUGGCGGGGCAUUGUUUGUCUACCUGAACAGAUUGAUAGUCCAGUUCAUCAGGAAACAGAAGACCAUCAACAAGUUCCUCAUGAAGAAGCGUCUGCUGUACCCAGCCCUGGUCACUCUGCUGGUGUCUACGCUAACCUUUCCCGGCUUCGGACAGUUCAUGGCAGGCAAGCUUACCCAGAAGGAGUCUCUGGUGACGUUGCUAGAUAACCGGACAUGGGCCAAGCAGGGCAUAGCUGAGGGGUUUGACUACAUCGGCAACUCCCAGGCCUGGAAUCACCCCCAGGUCAACGUCUUUGUUACCCUCGUUCUCUUCAUCGUCAUGAAGUUCUGGAUGUCUGCUCUGGCUACCACCAUCCCUGUGCCCUGUGGAGCCUUCAUGCCUGUCUUCGUCAUUGGGGCAGCGUUUGGCCGUCUGGUCGGGGAGAGCAUGGCCGCCUGGUUCCCUGAUGGCAUCCACUCUGAUGGCACCAUCUACCCCAUAGUGCCAGGAGGGUAUGCCGUCGUGGGUGCGGCGGCCCUGUCUGGAGCGGUGACCCACACGGUAUCGACGGCGGUCAUUGUGUUUGAGCUGACGGGUCAGAUCAGCCACAUCCUGCCGGUGAUGAUAGCGGUGAUACUGGCCAACGCCGUGGCCCAGUCCCUCCAGCCCUCGCUAUAUGACUCCAUCAUCAGGAUCAAGAAACUACCGUACCUCCCUGAGCUGGGCUGGGGACACCACGAGAAGUAUAAUAUUCGUGUGGAGGACAUCAUGAUCAGGGAUGUGAUGUACAUCACCCUCAACUGCUGCUACAGAGACCUGCAUGAUGUACUGCUGACUGGACACCUCAAGACCCUAGCCCUGCUCGAGUCCAGUGAGUCGAUGAUCCUGCUGGGUUCUAUUGAGCGUGCCCAGCUCCAGGCCCUCCUGUCCCUACAGCUGGGCCGGCCACGGAGGCUAGAGUACCUGAGAGACCGGGCUACUGCUGAGAAGAAGCGCCUGUCGAUGGUCUCCCACCUGGGCAGCGAGGAUGGCUCCCAAAGGGUUAACCAGGAGGUUCGGUUCCAGAUCUCCACAGAGGAGUCUUCUUUCAGUUCCACCCCUACCCCCUCCAUGAAGCCACUGAAGCCGGCCCUGAAGAGACCCUCUGUGGUGGACCGCCCUCCUGAUAUACCCAUGCCCACAAGUCCACAGGACCACUCUGGCAACACCUUAAAGAAUCUCUUCUGUGUCAACCCUGAGACAGAAGGCCUGGAGGAUGACUUUGAUGUGGAUGAUGACAUGACCAUCAGAGAGAUUGCAGAGUGGGAGGAGAACCAGCUUGACGAGCAGGUGAACUUUGACAACUGCAAGAUCGACCCCGCCCCCUUCCAACUGGUGGAGCGCACCUCACUACAUAAGACCCACACCAUCUUUUCUCUGCUGGGGUUGGACCAUGCCUACGUCACCAGCAUUGGACGACUCAUCGGAGUGGUGUCCCUCAAAGAGCUGCGGAAGGCCAUUGAGGGCUCUGUGGCAGUGAAGGGGGUGAAAGUGCGCCCCCCUCUGUCCAGUUUCCGGGACAGUGGCACCAGCGGCAGCAGCAGCAACAAUAGCGAGAACGAAGCCACAGAGCUCCACAAGCUGUGGGACCGUCACAAAUCCAUGUCCCUCCCCCGGGAGCACCUGGCCUCCGACUCUGACGAGAAGUCCCAGUGAGGGGGAUGGGGACAGAUUUUUGGGAGAGGUAUAUUGGAUGGGGAUUGGGACAGGUUCAUGUAGACUGGUAUAUUACCGAGGAGUAGGAUGAGCGUUGACCCCCCCCCCCCCCCACUUAAAAACCACUACCGAUGCUGCAACCUCAUAGCUUGGAUCAAUAUUUAAUUCUGGAAUAUAGAGUUCUCGCUUCCUCUUCUUCCUCUCCUUGCCUUCCUCUCCAUCCCUCUCUCCUUUACCCCUCCUCCUGGUUGGCCUUUGGGCCCUACACUUACUCAGCUCUUAUGGAGGAGGGAUUGACUCACCACAGACUGGACCCUGCUCUCCACUAGGCUUGGGGGGGGGCCACAACAGAAUAGAUCUGUGUGUUAGGGAGGGGAGAGGAGUUAAGGUGUCACUGCUUAACAAAGUUUGUCAGAACAAAAUGUAUAGAAUGUGUUUUGACUGUAAAAGGGAUUGCAUUUUCUUUUUUUUCUUUGGUAUUGGUGAGGAAAUGUUCAGUUUGUUUGCAUUUUGUGGACCUGUAAACGUUUCUGUCUGACCAGUCUUCCAUAUGCAGACGGUUCAACAGUGACAAGAAGAUAGACUUGUGUACCGGUAUGGAUGUGAGUGUAUGUAUUGAGUGCAUGGACGCAUUGGUUGGUAUGUAUUUACACACAGAAAGUAGCGAAACCAACCACCUGCUUUAAUUCCUUUGUGAUUUGAAUCUUCUUAUCAGACACAUUUCAGUCUUAUCAUUUCAGCAGUGUUCUAGUUUGUUCCCAUCUGUUUUAGUGACCUGGAACUGGAAAUAAGUAACCUAGUGGUUAGAGCAUUGGGCCAGUAACCGAAAGGUCGCUGGUUCGAAUACCCGAGGCAACAAGGUGAAAAGUCUGUAUCUUUGAGCAACACUUAACCCUAAUUUGCUCCAGGCGUGCCGUACUACUAUGGCUGACCCGGUAAAACAACACAUUUCCCUGCAACUAUCUGGUGUGUAUGUAUGUCACUAAUAAAAUGUCUUCUUUUUUUUCACCUUGCCUCUGUAGAGAGAACCACAUACUGUUCUGGUCUCACAUUGGGAGAUGUCUUCACCACUCUUUCUUUCAGUCCUCUCCCUCUACCCCUAUUAUGUUCUGUGUUACAUUAGUGCUUUAGUCUGGGUGAGAGAAUAGUCUACUCUAUGCAAACAGAUGUACAGUAUGUAUGUAGGUAUUCUGUAGAAUGGUGAAAGCAUGUGUUAACAUUUACCUCUCAGCAUGCUUCAACACACAUGCUGUGCACUCCUUUAAGAAAACACUGCCUCAAACACACACAGGUUUUAAUAAGAGCCAGUCCAAGAGAAGAGGGCUUUCUCUAGAUGUGGCUCUUAAUAAGCCUGACUGAGUAUGUUGGGCUAGGGAGAGGAGGAGAGGAAGAAGGAGAGGGGGAAGAUGGAGAGUGAAUGGAAGAAUGAAAGCAUUUUCUGUUAUCUAAUCUGCUGUGUUAGGGAGUUUUCUUCAAUAGAAUCUAGGGUAGCUUUCUGGUUGGCCAACUUCACAUCCCCACCAUUGGUGACAUAAGCUCCAUACUGCACAAGUCCAGUGUGCAGCUUCCAAUCAGAUCACAUACACUCCCUUAUUGAAUUGUCGGUAAAAAAAAAAAAAAAAAGUAAGUAUGGCCACUACUCGUUUUCUUUCAGUCUCUCACUCGCUCAUUCCCUCUCUCUCUCUCACUGAUUGAUUAACAGGCAGGGGUCAUUUUGAGGCUUUCUUCCUCCCUCCUUUGUAAUGUUUGCACUGAAAGGCCUGAUGCCUCUGAAAAGGACUGAGCAGAGUCACUUCCUGUGUCAAACACUCUUUCCACCUGCAAUGGUUGUUAUUUGGAUUUACUGUUUUCACCCAGCAAUAUCAUCAUUUCUGCUCACAUACGCAAGCUCAGAGUAUCUAACUGUGGUUAUACACAUUCAGACUCCUUACUCAUUGCCACAUUGAAUAAAGGACACACACACAUACACACACACGCACACUACCAUUUUCACAGACUGACAUGCCCAUCCUCACAUGCAGAGAGACACACUCACACACCUUGAGUGACAGCAUGGCUUUGCGUGAAAGAGUGCAUGUUGAAGGCUGUGUUUUCAUAUUGAUAGAACUAUGACCAACAGAAUAUAUGAUAAAUAUACUGUUGUGUAUACAGGGUUGGAUAGGUUACUUUCUAAGUGUAACCCUGGGUGUAUAUCAUUUUAAUGGACAAUGUCAAUAUGCUGAUGGCUAUUUUGUUGAAUGUUUUUAUUCUCACUUAUUUUGCAUCUUUUCUCAUUGCAUUAGUUUUGAUCUAGGUUUGAUUUGCAUUCAUUCAUACAAUGAGCUUUAAUCAUGGCUUAUUUUGGAAAAGGAGAUGGGCUUUUUGGGGAAUGUGUGGAUUUAAGACUUUGCUAUACGUUUACAGAUUUAACAUAGUUAACAUCAUUGCUGUAAUACAUGAUUGUUAAUUUAAAAUCAAAUUGAUCUACAUUGCUAUCUAUGCAACUGCAACUUCCUGCAACUCCUUUUUAGUGUUUGUUGCGUAUUGCUCUUCCCUGUCUGAUUGUUAUAAAAAGGUCCAAUGUUGAAUGUUUUUCCAGCCUUGCAGCAUGUACCCAACAUUUCUACAAUGUUCAUGUAUGUCAUUUGUAUAAUGGAAGUAACACUAUAACGCUAGCAGAAUGAGACCCACUACCUGAGGUAACAGGAACAUUUAACCAACGUUUAUAGAAUGUUUAAAGGACCCAUGGGUGUUCUCGGUGGUCUGUAUGACAUU